GCCUCGUCUAGUUAUGUCUUCUUUCUAGGUCUGCACGUCAAGUUGGAAAAAUCGAUAGAAACGAAAACAUCGACUCUGGCUUGGCAAUUGUAGUUCUAACCUUACCCAUGGAUCGCUUAGCAUCUUUUGGAAGUGAUCCUUUUGACAAGCCUCCAUGCAGGGGCUGUUCGUCUUACCUCACCGAGCCCUACAUAAAGUGUGCAGAGUGCGGUCCCUCGCCCUUCCUGCUAUGCCUACAGUGUUUCACCAAGGGAUUUGAGUAUAAAAAACACGAGAGCGAUCAUAAAUAUGAAAUCAUGACAUCAGAUUUUCCUGUGUUGGACCCUGGGUGGACAGCCCAGGAGGAGAUGUCUCUCUUGGAGGCCGUGAUGGACUGUGGCUUUGGCAAUUGGCAGGAUGUGGCGUAUCAGAUGCGUUCUAAAAGCAAAGAGGAGUGCGAGAGCCACUACAUGAAGAACUUCAUCAACAACCCCCUGUUCUCCUCCACCUUGCUCAGCCUGCGACAGAUCGAGGAGUCUCGCUCCGCGGACGGAGCCAUCGCCUUCAAACCCACAGAGGACCCCCCCAGGCCCACGUUUGACUCGGUUCUGUCCAGGGACAUGGCGGGAUACAUGCCUGCCAGGGCAGACUUCAUGGAGGAGUUUGACAACUACGCUGAAUGGGAUCUGAAAGAUAUUGACUUUGUGGACGAUGACUCGGACGUCUUGCACUCUUUAAAGGUUGCAGUCGUGGAUAUAUAUCACUCACGACUAAAGGAAAGACAGCGCAGGAAGAAAAUCGUCCGAGACCACGGGCUGAUAAACCUACGGAAAUUCCAGAUGCUGGAGCGCUGCUACCCGAAGGAGGUGCAGGAGCUCUACGACGUCAUGAGGAGGUUCGCCCGGGUGGCCGGCCCCACCGAGCACGACAAGUUCAUCGAGAGCCACGCCCUGGAGUUUGAGCUGAGGAGGGAGAUACGCAGACUGCAGGAGUACAGGAAGGCAGGGAUCCAGUCCUUCUGCAGUGCCAAGGUGUACGAGCGGGUGAAGCGCGUGCGUGAGGACGAGCGCAGGAAGCGGACCAUGCUGUGUGAUGUCCUGCAGUACAUCCAAGAUGGCCGAGCCUGCCAGCAGUGGCUCAGUAAACAGGCCGCCAUAGACUCUGGCAUCACUCCUGUUGUCACCACCAUCACCAUGUCAACAACGGGCAGGAGGAGCGCCCCCCCGCUGAACCUCACGGGCCUCCCCGGGACCGAGAAGCUGAACGAGAGGGAGAAGGAGCUGUGCCAGGUGGUGCGUUUGGUGCCGGGGGCCUACCUGGAGUACAAGCAGGCCCUGCUCAGCGAGUGCCGGCGCCAGGGGGGCCUGCGGCUGGCCCAGGCCCGCUCGCUCAUCAAGAUCGACGUCAACAAGACGCGCAAGAUCUACGACUUCCUCAUCCGCGAGGGCUGCAUCAACAAGGCCUAGCGGGACGGCGGCGGCCAAGCAGAACGGCGCGCGACGUGGACGGGCGGGCGGGGUGGAGGCGGAGUGCUGAUCCGUGUGCUGAUGUGUCUCGUUGUGGCGUUCGCCGUCGGAAACGGUUUAUCAGUGAUGGAGUCUUUAUGUUUGUAUUUUGUGAUGGUGGACACUACUAUUUUGUACAGUGCUCUUUGUACAGUCCUGUUCUGUACUGUGUGUGGUAUGCAUUUGAGGUUGUCUUUGUUGCUCCUCUAAUAAAACUGCUUUUUGUUUUUCUGUAA